AUGAACGUCUCGCUUGGGGCACAAGAUCGCUACACAACGAUUGAGGAGGAUCGUGCAUACUGUUUACUCGGCUUGUUCGAUUGUCACAUGCCACUAAUUUAUGGUGAAGGGAGAGAUCGUGCAUUGAAACGACUGAUGCGGGAGAUAAUGGGAGAAACGUCUGAAAAAAUCCGCCGCUGGCUUUCGCCGCCUGAUCCUUCUACAAACUAUCACAAAGAACGCAAGAAGCAAGCGCCUGAAACGAGCGUUUGGUUGCUAGAGGGCUCAGAAUUCAAGCAAUGGAAAUCAAGUGUAGAUAGGUCACCAAUGUGGUUGCAAGGACGACUAGGACACGCAAAAGCUUCUCCGAGUUCGGGUUUCGAGGAAUGGAAGUCGAGUGUACUCCCAUCACCAUUGUGGCUGCAAGAAUCACCAGGAUUCAGGAAAACCAUUAUGAGCUCUACUGUCAUCGAGCAUCUACAGCAGCAUUAUCACGAAUAUAUAGACAGGGUGACGAUAUACUUCUACUUUGAUCCUAAUGAUGAACGAAAACAGAGUCUAGAGCACAUGCUCCGUUCGUUGCUCUACCAGCUUCUGCAACAUUCGGCUACAAUACCGAAGGGCAUUGAGGCUUUAUUCUUAUCACACCAAAGCGGAGAACAACAACCAUCGAUACAUGCGCUUAUAGAAGCGAUAAGAAAGGCUGUGCAGGAUUUUAGCCAAGUUUACAUCGUUCUCGAUGCUCUCCACGAGUGUGCGAACCUUCCAGAACUGCUACUGAACUUUGUUCAAGCAGUGGCUAGGCGGAAUGCUCCUAAUCUGCGUCUAAUUAUGAGUAGCCGUCGAGAAAUCGACAUCUGGCUAUUUUUGCGUGGGUAUCCGUCUCUGCAAGGGGAUCGCAAACUCCUCCAUGGAGAACCUACAUUUAUGGAAGUGGAGCAACGCAUUCAGCAUAGGCUGUCAUACGACAACGAAUCGGGAAGACGGGAUCAGAAUGCUGAUCUCAGGAAAAAGAUGCAGCAUGCAUUGGCUCUUGGGGACGAAGGGAUCCUUCUAUUGAAGAAAUUAGCCCCUGAUAUACGUGUAGUUAAUGACGCACAACAGAUGCUGGAGGAGCCAACCUUCCUUGGCUUACAAUUACCGUUUCAGAUAUAUGACUUCAUCCUUUCUUCUGUACGGAAAGAAGAUUUGAGACUCAUAGUACGAACAUUCCAGUGGCUCACAUUUUCGGAGCGACCGCUGUCUGUCGAGGAGAUAGCUGAAGCUAUCGCGAUUGACAAAGCAUCUAACACCAGAAGACGAAUAGAAGACCUGCUAAAGUUGUUGGGGACCUACCCAAGUCUUUUCACGAUCAGAUCCAGGAAGGAAAAAGGAGGUGAACCCCCGUCUCAGAGAACUGUUUUUCUAUCACAUCAUACCCUUUGGAGGUAUCUUGUUUCAGGAAUGACUAUACAGGGACCGGGAGCUCCAUAUCAUAUGCGAAAGGAAGAGUGUCAUGGAAUAAUUGCAAAAGGGUGUUUGGAAUAUCUGAUGCAAUUUCAACAGCCACUUUCAAAAGAUGUUCUCAGGUCAUCUGCUCUCGCAAGAUACGCAGCAGAGUUCUGGAGCAGCCAUCUUCGAAAGGCACUAGAUAUCAGAAACGAAGUGAGUCAGUUGGCCGUCAGGCUAUUAUCGAGAAAAAAUACUGCACAUUUCAACUGGAUUCGCCUAUAUGACCCUCACCAUCCUCAAGACAAGCCAAACUUGGAGCGAGAUGUAAAGAGUGUGGUGGGACCCCUUCAUUAUGCAGCACUCCUAGGUCUGGCUCAAGUUACAAAACUACUUCUCAAUGAACAAAGCGAAAUUAUCGCUCCUAGCGGAUACCAUGACAUUCCACUCCAUGCAGCUGCAACUGAGGUUCAUCUGGAGGUAGUCAAAAUACUGCUUGACGUAGGUGCCGGUUGCAAUACUCAAGAUCAAUUCCUUCAGAAUUUAAUACAGACGGCCAUAGAAGCAGGGAACUACCAUAUUGCAACCUAUAUUCGGUACUUCACUCGCAACAUUAGCAGACGUCAACUCGAACCGAGUGACUCUGGUUAUGCCUCCCAAAGGCAACUGGACAGUUUGCAUUCUCAAUCGGUACCUGAUCUGGAAUUCCAGAAGGCGUUACCCCCCAAGGACAACCUUGCCAUCCAAGUGCCAAAUUCUUCCAGGGGAGAAAUAUACCUAGAUGAUAUUCGAUCCAUAGACUCUGAUCUUGAAAGUAUUGGAUCGAAAAUUUCAACAGGCAGAUCAACAACAGAGCUCUUUGCCGUCAAGUAUCUUGCGUUAUUCUUCGCACAACGAGAAGAACUCCGUUCAUUACACGAGACAGCACUCCAGAAGAUUGAAAGAGAAAGGUUCACAGAAAACUAUAGAAGAAUUCUCAAGUCAUACUAUCGCGGGCUCCAAGAGGAGGCAUCAAACGAUACCGAACAAGUGGUCACUAGAACUCUUCGAUCGAGGAGAAACAGAGAAAGCAUAGCGGUGGGGAUUGCAGAUGAGUUCAGAAUCGAAGAGGAAGAGGUGGUCUCUUUCAACCAUCUGCUGUCGCAACGGGCCGAAAGAGAGCAUCUUGAAGACUGGUUGAAAAGAACGUAG